AUGGAAAUGUCUGAAAAACAAGACUCUGGCAUUGAAUCUAAAUCCAUUUCGCCUGAUGAAACUGAACUUUCAAACUAUACUCGCAUGUCUCAUCGUUCUCAAUCCCGUCAAUCGCCUUCUGCUCCUUUCCCACGUUCUCAACAGUUCCCAAGCCCAUCCUCUACGUGUGGACAUUGUGCCUAUCCCCAUCCACAAGGUCAAGUCAGCUGUCCUACGCGCGGUUCCCAGUGUCGUUCGUACGGAAAAAUCAACCAUUUUGCCCGUUGUUGUCGAUCUAAACCUAUCAAACCACCGUUUGCUGAAAGUAGCUCCCCCUGUCCUCAAUCGCGUUUUCAACCACCCCCUCUUAACUCCUUUCCACGUCAACCCCCUCCACGCGAGAUUUGCCACGUUACCGACACUCAACAAUACCCCACCUCUGAUGACGAGUAUCUUUUCACAGUAGUUAUUUCCCAAGUCCGUAAUUUAACCACACCGAAAGCCAAAGUUAUGAUUGCAAAUGUACCACUUCAAGUGUUGAUUGAUUCCGGCGCCAGCAUUAAUGUUAUUGAUGAAAAGGCUUACCACGCCAUCACGAAAUCUCCGCAGAAUAAUCAGCUUUCAUUACGUCAUACCUCCACGAAAAUCUACAGUUACGGCGGUACUUCACCUUUACCUGUUCUUUGCACAUUCUACACUCGCGUUGAAUCGAAAACACGCACAACUCCUGCUACUAUCUACGUUAUUAAGUGCGAAAAUGGUUGCCUUUUAAGCUACAAAACUGCAACUGAAUUAGAACUUAUCUCUGUCAUCGCUCAAACCAACGCAUCUGUCAACACCACCACACCGCUUUCCACACUUAGCAGCAGACAAUUACGUUCUGAAUAUUCUGACCUUUUUGACGGUAUUGGCAAGAUGAAGGAUUUUCAAGUUCAUCUACAUAUCGAUCCCUCCGUACCCCCCGUGACGCAACCUCAUCGGAGAAUUCCGUUCCACCUUCGCAAAAAGCUCGUCACCGAACUUGAAAAACUUGAACGCCAGGGUAUUAUCGAACCGGUUGAUGGCCCCACUCCUUGGGUGUCCCCUCUCGUUGUGACACCAAAACCAAAGAACCCUGAUGAGAUUCGCCUUUGCAAUUGUCUCGACAUGCGCCAACCCAAUCGUGCAAUCCUUCUUGAACGUCAUCUUACACCGACUAUUGAUGACCUAAUUCAUGAUCUAAACGUUGCCACUGUUUUCUCUAAAAUUGAUUUGAACUCUGGUUACCACCAACUCGAACUCGCACCCGAAAGCCGCUAUAUCACAACUUUUUCCACGCACAGAGGACUUCGCCGCUACACCCGCUUAAAUUGUGGUACGUCAUCUGCCGCCGAAGUCUUUCAAGAUGCCAUCCAACAAGUCCUCAGUGGUAUCGAAUGUGCUCGUAAUGUUAGCGAUGACAUCGUCAUUUUUGGUACAGACCAAGCCGCACAUGACAAAGCGCUUCAUGCCGUUUUAGAACGUUUACGCUCUAAAAACAUCACGUUGAAUGCCAAAAAGUGCGAGUUCAACAAAUCCAGCAUCGGGUUCUUUGGCUAUAUAUUCUUCAGAAAUGGUUUCUCCCCAGACCCCAAGAAAGUCUCUGCCAUCAACAAUACUAGUCCCCCUACCAUCGCUCAUGAAGUUCGCAGUUUCCUCGGUAUGACCAACUACUGCUCCCGAUUUAUCCCCAAUUAUUCCACCAUCACCGAACCCCUCCGUACGCUUACCAAAUACGAUCCGUCCUGGACAUGGACACCGCAGCAUCAACACGCUUUUGAUCAGCUGAAGCAUCUUCUCACCAGCGACACCGUUCUCUCGUACUUCAACCCCCACAAAGAAGCCACCAUAAUUGUCGAUGCCAGCCCUGUUGGUCUUGGUGCUAUUCUUUGCCAAGACAACUCUGUUGUUGCCUAUGCAAGUCGUUCUCUAACUCUCGUAGAACAACGGUAUUCCCAAACAGAACGAGAAGCCCUCGGUGUACUGUUUGCUUGUGAACAUUUUCAUCUCUACAUCUACGGCGCGAAAUUCAACAUCAUCACAGAUCACAAACCUCUUGAACGCAUCUUUACCAAUCCCGCUGCUCGUUCCAUUGCCCGAUUAGAACGCUGGGCCCUCAAGCUUCAACCAUAUCACUUCACCAUUUCCUGUUCUCCUGGCAAAACCAACCCCGCGGAUUAUCUGUCCCGUUACCCUCUCGCUACAACCCACCCUUCCACUGCAUCCGACGAGGCGGAAGAAUAUAUCGCGUUCUUAGCAGAUCAUACCACUCCAAAAGCUAUGACCGUUUCUGAAGUGAAACAAUCCACCCGUGCUGACCCCACUCUCCAAGCCGUCAUCGAAACCCUCCGUAACAACUCCUGGCACUCAACUUUUGAGACACCCAGUCCCCUUGUCAACACCCAGGACCGCCACGCUCUCUACAACAUCCGCGACGAACUGAGUGUUUCUGAUGAUCACGAUCUCCUUCUUCGCUCUCACCGUCUCAUCCUCCCACAUGCCCUUCGUCAACGUGCUCUCCACAUCGCCCAUGAAGGUCAUGAAGGCCUUACCAAAACCAAACAGCUUCUCCGCGAAAAGAUUUGGUUCCCUGGAAUCGAUGGGCUUACGAAAAAGCUAAUUGACACCAGUCUCGCCUGUCAGGCAACAGUCGUUCAACGGCCAUUUGAACCCCUACGCAUGACCGAGUUACUACAGGCUCCUUGGCAACAACUCUCUGUCGAUUUCUGUGGCCCUCUUCCCUCCGGCGAUAUGCUCUUCGUGGUAAUCGAUGAAUACUCGCGCUAUCCCGAGGUUGAGAUUGUUCGCCCCACCUCAGCAAAUACCGUCAUCCCGAAACUCGACCGCAUUUUAUCCACGCAUGGCAUUCCCAGAGAAAUCAAGUCUGACAACGGACCUCCAUUUCAAAGUCACUCUUUCGCCCAGUUCGCGCAAUACAUGGGGUUUCACCACCGAAAGAUCACUCCAGAGUGGCCCAAAGCCAAUUCUGAGUCUGAACGUUUCAUGCGAACAAUUCAGAAAACCCUCCGCGCUGCCCACCUCGAAAACAAGAAUUGGAAGCAAGAACUGUUUCUUUUCCUCCGAAACUACCGUGCGACGCCACAUUCCACCACAGGAAUUUCCCCUGCCGAGUUCAAGUGGGUGACACUGUUCUCGUUCGUCAAGAACGCGUCAAUAAACUUUCCUCACCGUACAACAAACAUCCAUACACUAUCGUCAAGAUCAAAGGUAGUAUGA